AUGGCCGCAACCACAUCCUUGCCACCACCCGCACCGAGACCAACAGCAUGGGAAGCACUGCAGUCGUUCAACCUCAACGAUAGCCUUCAGGAGAGAUUCGCGAGGGUACCAUCUCAGAGAAAGGCGCUAAUGUUUGGUAUGGCAGGUGGAACAUGCAUCGGUGCCCUCCGGUUUAUUUCAACCAGGCGGGGGUGGUCAUCAGCCAAUUGGGGUGUAUACUCUUUCGUAUUCUUAUCUUCGAUAUCCUACUAUGAACUGAGUAAAAAACGGCAAACCGAGGUCGAGCAAAUCCAGCAAGUGGUUACUAAAAUGAAUCAAGUCAAGCCAAGUCCCAAGUUGACUGCCAAUCUAGCUUCAGAAGGCGAGAGGCUGAGUGAAGAGAAGACGACAACUGCCGAUCAAACUCAGAAUAAGAAAAAAUAUUGGCUCUGGUGA